AUGGCGUCCCUCUCCCCCUCCCUCCACCUCCCUUGGUACCGCUUACUUCUUUCUACACCCCUCAUCGAUGUCUUCACAGACGAGUCUAUCUGUUUCUUCGCCCCUUUCUUCGAUUUGGUUCUUUCUGUUGAAAUGCACGGAGCGCCGUGGUUCCACCCGCGCAGGCGGUCAUGGAUGGUUCAGUCGCAAUCGCAUUCGUUCAAUUCAAGAAUUGGCUUCCUUGGUAAGUCACAAGGCAUACUUCUUCGUGUUAUCCCUGCUGGCAGAGUUGGUUUCAUUAGAAAAACAGUGGAAUGCAAGGAAUCUAGAAUCGGAAAGAAGCCGAUUGAAGUUCCAUCAAAUGUUACUCUAACACUAGAGGAGCAGUUUGUCAAAGCUAAGGGUCCACUGGGAGAGUUGUCAUUAAACUAUCCCACCGAAAUAAAAGUUGUGAAAGAAGAAACUGGCAAAUUGAGAGUAUUCAAGACUGUGGAAACCAAAAGGGCGAAUCAGAUGCAUGGCCUUUUCAGAACCCUGACGGACAACAUCAUCGUGGGGGUGUCAAAAGGAUUUGACAAGAGGCUUCAGUUAGUGGGGGUUGGGUACCGUGCGACGGUGGAGGGCAAAGACCUGGUGAUGAACCUGGGAUUCUCGCACCCAGUCCGGAUGGCUGUCCCAGAAGGACUUCAAGUCAAGGUGGAGGAGAAUACGAGAAUCAUCGUGAGUGGGUACGACAAGAGCGAAAUCGGUCAGUUUGCUGCCACCAUAAAGAAGUGGAGGCCUCCGGAGCCAUACAAGGGGAAGGGUAUCCGGUAUCAGGACGAGAUUGUCAGGAGGAAGGAGGGCAAAGCUGGGAAGAAGAAAUAG